AUGUCGGAGGGUUUCUCUUUAUCCGACGCCUUGCCCACCAGCAACAACCCCACCCCCUCUGCCCCCCAGCCCCAAGGCUGGCCCUCCUGGGGGAACCAGCCACCAGCUCCUGGGGGGUUCCCCAUGUACCCUGGCCCUCCGGGGACCUAUCCUGGAGCACCAGGACCUUUUCCUGGAGCCCCAGGGCCGUAUCCAGGAGGACCAGCAGGACACGGGCUGUAUCCAGGAGCACCUGGAACAUUCCCUGGAGCACCAGCAGGACCAGGGCCAUAUCCUGCCCCAGGGCAGCCACCCAGUGGCCCUGGAUUUGGGCACCCUCUUCCACAGGGGGGACCGUCUCCUCCCAUGAAAGUACCCUUCGAGCUGUUCCUGCAGGCAGGACUCGUGCCUCAGCUGCUCAUAACCAUCACAGGGACCAUCAACCCCAACCCAAACAGGUUUUCAGUGGAUUUCAAGAGAGGGAAUGACAUUGCCUUCCACUUCAAUCCCCGCUUCAAGGAAGACAACAGGAAAGUCAUCGUCUGCAACUCCAUGUUCCAGGAUAACUGGGGAAAGGAGGAGAGGACAGCUCCCAGGUUUCCAUUUGAAGCUGGAAAACCCUUCAAGCUCCAGAUCCUUUGUGAGGUGGAUCACUUCAAGGUGGCGGUGAACGACGCUCACUUGCUGCAGUACAGCUUCCGUGAGAAGAAGCUGAAGGAGGUCACCAAGCUCUGCAUUGCUGGGGACAUCACCCUCACCAGCGUCAUGCCAACCAUGAUAUGA